ACCUCUUGCGGAGACACGGACCACACCGGGACAGACCGGGACAACCCGGGACCUGAGGCAGUGACAGACCGAGACAACUCGGGACCUGAGGCAGGGACAGACCGACCCCCGGCAGGGACAGUCCGCCGCCAUGAGGCUCCGUCUGGCCGCAGCUCUGCUGCUGUCGGCGGCCUCGUACUUCGUCUACCUGCCGCUGCCGAGCGGAGUCUGUGAGCCCUGGAAGCUGAUGCUGCUGGACGCACUGUUCCGGAGCUUCAUACAGGCGAGUGAUGUGGCUCACGCGCUGGGUCUGUGCCACCGCGUCCACCUGCUGAACCGGGUGGUGUCCUGGGUGGAGGCCACCGAGGCCCGCUCCUGCCCCGCCGUGCACGUGAGCGACUCCACGCUGGGCGGCGUCCCCACCAGGGUCUUCCAGGCGAAGGGCGGGGCGAAGCUGAAAAGAGGAAUCAUAUAUUUCCACGGAGGGGGGUGGGCCCUCGGCAGCGGACGGAUGCGAUCCUACGACCUUCUCUGCCGGAAAAUGGCGGAGGAUCUGGACGCUGUCGUUAUGUCUGUGGAUUACCGUCUCGCCCCGGAGGCGGUGUUCCCAGAUCAGUACCACGAUGCGUUAGCGGCGUCGCGGGACUUCCUGUCCGCUGAGGUUUUAAAGCGCCACAGCAUCGAUCCGGAGAGAGUGUGCGUGUCUGGAGACAGCGCCGGGGGGAACCUGGCCGCCGCUGUGGCUCAGGAGCUCAGCUCAGACGACAGCGUGACCGCGAGGUUCAAGGCGCAGGCGUUGAUUUACCCGGUGUUGCAGGCCCUGGACUUCCACACCUCGUCGUACCAGCAGAACCAGGCCGUGCCCAUCCUCUACAGACCCAUCAUGGCUCGUUUCUGGCUGCAGUACCUCGGCGCCGACUCCUCCCUGGAGCCCCUCCUGCUCGCCAACAACCACAGCUCGCUGGACCAGCCGGCCAUCGGCGCCGACACCCGCUCCAAACUCGACUGGACCUCUCUGCUGCCGGGCGAGCGCAGGAAGCACUUCAGGCCGGUCGUCAGGGAAACGGGAUCACCGGGGCUGCUGGGUGAGUUGCCGGCGCUGAUGGAUGUGAGGGCGGCGCCGCUGCUGGCAGAGCAGAGGGUUCUGGUUAGGGCGCCCAAAGCGUACGUGAUGACGUGUGAGUUUGACGUGCUGAGGGACGACGGGCUCAUGUAUGUGAAGCGGCUGCAGGACGCUGGGGUCCCGGUGACCAGCGACCACUACGAGGACGGUUUCCACGGCUGCAUGGUGUUCGCCUACCUGCCCAUGCUAUCGAGCGUUGGACAGAGGAGCAUGAACAACUACAUCCGCUGGCUGGACCAGAACCUUUAGACCAAUCAGGACGCGUGAAACCAAAGGAUCCUGGAGCAGGAGUUCUGGUCUUUGAUCCGCAGAGGAGACGCGUCUUUAUUUAAACCGUGUGGACGUGAAGCGUUCAACACGUCAGACUGUUUCCUGUAUGAUGUGAAGUUUAAAAACAUGGAAACUCAGUCAACAACUCAAAAUCCUAAGCUCACGAUGUAAAUGCUUCGUACGUGAGGCUGCAAUGUGAGAAUGAUCGUUUCCGAACUUGCGAUAUGAUUUAUAAUUUUAGCCACUUGCAGUCGAAUCCUCCUUGAAAACGACGGAUUCUGUACGUUUAAAAAAUAGCUUCGACCGGGACGUUACCGUGGUGAUGGAGAUGAGAUCGAGGCAGAAGAAGCAGCAGAUUUUAGUUCAUCUUCAAAAUCUUUAUAUCGUUGCUAAUUCACUUUAAAUUCUGAUAUACCGCCUCCUGCUGUUCAUGUGCGUAACUGCAUUUUGUGGACGUGCAGACGCGGAUAAAAAGCUGAAAAUCACCGGACCUGUAGAUCAGAAGUUUAAUAAACCACAAAUCAAAUGCACUGAUUCAUAAAACCAAAACAAAUCUGAUGUCACCAAAGACUAUGCUUUUAGAAAAUGUUGAUAUAUUUAAAGAAGAAAAUCCAGGGAUUUAUGAUAUAAGUCCAAUAGGUCUUAUAAUGAUGUUAAUAAUAAUAAUAACAACAAUAAUACCAAUAUGAUGAUGAUGAUAAUAAGAACAUGUGAAAAAAUACAAACUAACUACUGAUUGUAAACUGUGACACUACUUCCUGUGGCAUUAAAAGAUGUGAGCAAAGAGAAAAGAAUUUAAUGUUUAGAAUUAUCUUGAUUUCACUUUUUUAUUUCGACUAUUUCGACAGUUUUAUCAGAAACACAAAGACUGUUGUGUAGAAAUUUGUAUUUAAAACUUCAAUAAUGCAAAACUCGGAGUUUACCACUCUAUUAUUUAACUAUGUACUGUUUGAUAUUUAAUAUCAGGGACAAUCAGCAGCUUAUCUACUUUCACUGAGGCGUCUUUACUUGCUGUAAACUGAGACAUCAGUCGACAACGUUUGGGGAACAAAUACAUUUAAAUCCAAAUUUCUCAUAAACAAAAAUUUCUUUCAGUAAAAACGGUUUUAAAAAUAUAAAUACAAGAUUAACAAACGACCUAACAAGCUCUUCCUCGGCCUGGUGUAACGAUCAUAAAGGAAGGAAAGAUGGUUUUAUUCUUUUAUGAUUCACUGAGACUCUGAAACAAUCCUGUGUGUGUGUGUCUGUCUGUGUGUGUGGUAAAAGUGUGCGUUCACAGCUGUGUAUACUCACUGGAUUGUGCAAUAAUGUAUAUUUGGAAGCGUCUCUCGCUCUCUGACGAUGUGAUGACCACUGUAGUGUCGGGCCAACGCCACGGCGACCUCGAUGAUGCUCAUGAUGAUAGCUGUGAAACAAAUGAGAGAUUCACUGUCUCGCCCUGAGAGACAAGACGUCCCACGGGGACUAUUGUGUUUCCCCGUCCCUCCUCGCCCCCACACCCUGGUCUGGCUCUAAUUGAAAGUAACGAAGCGACGACAGCGAGCGUCAGACAGGAUUUUGGCCCCGGGCCCCGAACGCAGUGAGCAGAGAGCGUGACCCUGAGCCGAGCGUGGUCGUUACAGGGCCUCACGUCACUCACCAGACAUGUUGACGUGGUGUCAGUGACCAUCAGGAGGCGGCAAUCUCCGUUCUGACAGUGAAAAGACGGCGUACAGUUUAUUCCCAGCAUGCAAUGCAAACGACAUUACGCACACAUUUGUAGAAAGACGGGACUUUGUUCAACACGUGUGUGCAUUGAACUCAGUCCCUUUAAAAUCCGUUUAUGGAUUUGGACUGCGGAGGAAGACUUUCAAAUGUUUCUCAGUGCUGUCAUUUUAAUGGCAUGUGUGAAAUUAUGCAUAAAAUGGUUUUAUAUUGGAUAAGUAAAGUUUUAAUAUACGUCGGGGUUUUGCCACAGGUUGUCUCGGCCAAGUUAAAACACAAAAAAACGGCCCCAGAUGUGCUCCGGCCGCACAAAUACAUCCCAUAAAGAAGCUGAUUUAUUCGUGGCGGUGACGACUGGUGGUGCGUCGGGAGCGGGAUCACGAUACGUCUCGUUUUCUUUAUGUUUUAUUCUUUUCCACAAUGCUCUGCACGUUCAUAACCAUGUGUUUGUCUGAGCGACGCACUGGUGGACGGUGUUUUGUUGUGAUGAUGAGGAGAUGAACCCGUCGCUGCACCUGCACAGGACGAACUCUGGAAUCGAACAAUAUCUAGAGCUUUAAAAAUGAUUUUAGACUUGAAGAAAAGACGAGACAGGUGAUUUAGUCACAAUAAGAAAAUAUAAAUAUGGAAAUCAAUUUUUUUUUUGUUAUCUACAUUUCUAGAAAAUCUUGUGUAUUAAUUACAUGUUAAUUCUGUGACACUGAUUAUUGAAUAUUUGUGAGAAAUGAGGGGAAAUAUUAUCAUAUUGAUUCAUAUUUUGUUUUCCGGUGACACUUUAUUUCAAACAUUUCUUUAAAUGUAUUUGUAAGAAUCUAAGAUGGCAUUAUUGUGUUUAUUAAUGUUGAGUAUUUGUCCGCAAAUAUAACUUCUAUGAAAAUAUAUAUACUUUAUAUUAUUAUCUUUUAAAACCUUAUCUGUUUAUACAGCAACUUUCAUAUAUGUGAACUCGCUGCUUAUAGAUACAUUACACUGAAAACAAUGUAAACAAAUUUUAGAAUUACUUCAAUUGGUGACAGUUUUUCUGAUUAAAGUUAUAUUAAAACAUUUAAUAACUAAUUAAAAAACUGUAAUGUUUCUUAUAAUACAUUUUAAUAUUUUCACUGUAAAUUUAACAUCUGUAGGUUUAUGUCAGUUUAACAAAACUAGUUUAAUUUCACACUAUUUCCUCACAUAGAAGAAAUCUUAAUAAUCAACAACGAAAAUUGUGAACGUUGAAAAGUUCGUUCUCCGGACGUCUUGAGUUGACGAAUCGUUCAAGUUGAAAUAAAGAAAUUGUUGCAGCCGUCAGAUAUAAUUUCACAUUUAAAUAAUUAAUAUGAAAACGAUGUGAAUACGAAUCCCACUCAGCAGCGUUGUACAAGUUAACGUGAUGAAUUCAUAAACAGGCACAUGUGGUUUAUCAGCAGUAAACACGGAACUUCACAUAUACGACGAAUCACGUGCAGACACGAUGUGGUUCUCAGACCUUUCACAUGUGAAAUAUAAUAUUUUAUGUGUGAAAACGUGGACGUCACAUGUGCGGCGUUGGUAACAGUUUGACGACCGACAGAUGCCAGCGUGGUUAAUAAAACUAGAAUGUGCCGUUAUGGUUGAUGGUGAAAGAUUCCUCCCAUCUCCUCUCUUCGUUCGGUUCACUGGUCGACACCAGAUGUGUUUGUUCUGUGAUUUGUAAAAUAAAACAAAAACUCACAGCCUCGAAAAUCAUCGCAACUUUAUUCCUCUUUGUGAUGAUUAUUAAACUGUGAUUUAAUAUUGUUUAUGGGGAACGUUUUAAUUUUGAAUCACUCAGCUACUGUAUCUGCACACAAUGUAAAAUAUGACUUGAGAUUUAUUUAUGAAAACAGUGAUUGUAGUUGAUUUUUUUUUCUUGUUGUUUGCAAAAAUCACCAUUUGUUCCCAUUUAUUUUUACAGAAAUAAAAUGAUUCAUUACCCGAACAAACCGUAA